UUCACAGAUGUUGCAAUGAAGCAGGAACAUAUAAGACGCAGUUCUUUGGCGGAUUUAUUCCUUGACACGCCCUUGUGCAAUGGCCACACAACUGGAACGGAUGUGCUUUGGGCUGGUCUACCAAUGGUGACUCUUCCUCUCAAGAAAAUGGCAACAAGAGUGGCUGGUUCAUUGUGCUUGGCUACAGGUUUGGGGGAUGAGAUGAUUGUCAGCAGGUGGGUAUUUGAGAUUCAUCUCUAUUCAGCUUAUUGUUGUAUUCUUCUCUGGUUUUUUUUGCUUCAAUUUUCUUUGUUAAAUAAUCAUGCAACUUGUUUGGUAUGGAUUAAGGUGAUUAGUCAUUUUAUCAUUCUGUUGCUUUGGUUGAAUUUAGAAUUAAUAAAGAGUUCAGAAGUUAUGUUUGUUUUGCUAAAAAGUAAAAACAGGAGAAGACCAUUUACCUCUCUUAUUUGUAGGAUUAAUAUUCAAUUUGUUACGUUUAUGGUCAUGUUAACUAUUCUGUUCUCUUUUUAUCCC